GGACGAGAAGUGCGAACGUUGAUAGGUGGUCGUUCGGAAUAAUUCGUCCGAAAAGAGAUAAAGAGAGUAGAGGGAGCAGCAACGGCGACGGCCUACAAGCGCAGCACGAGGGAGAAUUGGGAAACGCGCGCAUAACCACCUGGCGUCGUGCGUUCCCCCAUUCAAUCCAGUAUCGACCGGCUGGCGAGUUACAAUUUUCGAGAAUACAAAUCGAAAUUCAGCCCGACUAAAAGUCGAAACUCGGUACGGCACGGGGCACGGGGUGGCCAAUCGAAGAUCGAAGCGAGCAUGCGAAUCGACUAGCUUGCUGACACCUAGUGACAAUCAUAAUGGUGGUAAACAACCACGGGGAUGAUUUCGUAUCAUCGUCGUCGUUGCUGUCACAUCCCCCGAUGGGAUUCGCGUAAAUGUAAACAGAGUGACGACGGCGAGGACGUCGAAUCGUUUAGUGCGUCGUUCCUGUUUCCGGUCCCGUUCCCACGGCGUCGGCUAUAUAAGAAAAGACGGCAACGACGUUGGAUUCGCGAGUGGCGAUAUAUAUUGUUUAUAUUUUGUUGUGAAGUGUCUGUGUCAGUUGUUACUGUUUUCUCUUUUCAUUCUCCUCGUAUUUUGGAUUGUUAUUUGCUUGCGGUAAACAAAAACAACACCCGGCAUGUCUGAUAAUGGUGACACCUCCUCUUCGGUGGAGAGGUCCUCCUUUUGAUGGAAAAUAUCGGAAAAAUGAUCGAACAACAAGCAUUAGGUGAGCAAACGGUCGAUUCUCCAGAUAGUAGUGCGCAUGCGGUAAUUGCCGCCGCCGGUGGCAUGGAAACGCAGGUCGUCCGUAUGAGGCUCGUGUCACGCGCGGUUGUCGAAAGACGUCUUGUCAAACAAGAAGAGGCUGAUGGCCCUCUUUCCGUUAUUGUGCAACCUCAAGAAGAAUCCAGGGACUCGGAAUUACUUAGUCCCGGAAAACUCAGUCCUGGCUCCGUCACUGUGGCUAAUAUGAUAGACAAUAAUGAUUACCGCACCUUAAAUCCCGAACCUACAUACCAGACUUUAACCUCAGUCAACGGCAGAAUGUCACCUCCAGGAUAUAGUCCGAGUUCUUCUUAUGCCACGCUGACACCUUUACAACCCCUGCCGCCCAUAUCGACGAUGUCCGACAAAUUUGCUUACGGACAUGCUAGUAAUGUCACUGGUUCCUUCACUGUUAUGCAAAACAACACAAUCAGCGGUAUCAACUUGGGCCUGGGAGUUAAUGCUACCACACCGUAUACGAUGACUAACAUGGGAAUGACUCCUCCGCACAAUUAUUCCUCACCUGGAAUGGGAAUGCAGCAGCAAUCCAGUCCGAUAAGUCCUCAAAGUACGUACAGUCAAAACGGUUUACCUUCACCUCAAAAAAGUAUGUCACCUCCUAGUUAUGAUUCUCCUUACGGUCACCAAAGAGACAUGGUGCCGCGAUUACAUAGUCCGCAACUUAGUCCGCCUUCCGCGUCAUUGAACUCUCCAGACGGUACGCUUGUUACCAGUUUUAGUUCCACAAAUUUAAAUGGACUUGGUUUACAAAACCACCCUCCUACUUUAGUGCAAAUAGCCCCUCAGCAGAGGGAUUGCUCCCCAUCACCUCCAGUGGUCAGCUUGCAGACAGCUCCUGUGGUUUCGCAACAGCAACAAACGAUGCAGAUCACCACGAAGACCUCCAGUCCCGGAUCUCUCAGCGUACCAGCAAUUGCUGCAGACGUCGAGGAAAUCAACACCAAAGAACUAGCCCAAAGGAUUAGUGCAGAACUGAAACGAUAUAGCAUUCCACAAGCUAUUUUCGCCCAAAGGGUGUUGUGUCGGUCGCAGGGAACUCUUUCUGAUCUCUUGAGAAAUCCGAAACCUUGGUCUAAGUUAAAAUCUGGAAGAGAAACUUUUAGGCGGAUGUGGAAAUGGCUACAAGAACCUGAAUUUCAAAGGAUGUCAGCUCUUAGGCUAGCAGCUGCGCAGAUACCUCAGCGAGGCAGUUGCAAACGGAAAGAGGACCCAGCCAGCAAUUUGGAACAACUACCUACACCGAAGAAACCGAGGCUAGUUUUUACCGAUCUUCAACGCCGUACCCUACAAGCUAUUUUUAAGGAGACGAAAAGGCCAUCGAAGGAAAUGCAGGUAACGAUAGCUAGGCAACUCGGUCUCGAACCAACAACAGUGGGCAACUUCUUCAUGAAUGCACGAAGAAGAUCCAUGGACAAAUGGAAAGACGAAGACCCGAAAGCUGCCUCAUCAAUGCUACACCAACAGAUGUCUCCUGGAAUGGAUCAAGAUGACUUAGAACAAGAUGGCGAUAUGGACAAUGAUAUGGAUGAUCAAGAUGACGUCUUGUGACAUGCGUUCCGCGAUCGUCACUUGUUAUUGCUGUGACACUUUGUUUAAGUGUAGCGUUUUUUAGAACAAUUAGCCUAGUGUAGAUUCAGCAAAUUGUGUAUUUGACCUAACAUUUUGUUUCUUGUUUGCGGCAAAUUUAUAAGACAAUCCUUUAAUACUGAGCAUGUACAAGAAUUACAAAUAUAUCAAAGUUCUAAAGAUAAAUACCAGAUUCUCAAAUAACAACCACAAUUUAAUAAUUUGCCCUAUGCAAAUAACUCAUAUAAAUUUAUUUUGUAUUACAUUUGGAAAAGGACUCAAAGUUUCUCUAAUUUUGUAUAUAUAGGCAUUAUUGUUCUCAAUCUGUGAUUUAUCUUAGCAUUUUAUCAACAUACAAAUGUCGAAGGACUUCAGAUUGGGACAAUUUGAAUCUAUUGAGGCUUUUCAGAUAACAUUAAGGUUGAGUAACAGACAAUUUGUACAUUUUGAUACUAAAAAAUAUGUAACAAUGUGAUUAAAACCAAAAUAUAUUUGUAAGUUUUUGAUUUAAAUUACUUAAAGCCAAAAGCCCAAUAGAAUAAGUUUGAUUUCUAUUCAUCCAAAAGCACUCAAUUUACAUUUCCUGUUUAUAUCAUUGGAUAAAAGGAAUCUAAUAAAAUUUUCCAUAAUCAAAGUAUACAAUUGUGUUGUUGAACACACUCAAGACAUUUUUGUAGUAUUUUCCUCAAUAUUUUUAUGAAAUCCUCUUAAACUGCCUAUCCAUUAUCAAUUUUCACUUGUACAGUUGGGUAAAAAACAGUAAUAUCAGAAAACUCAGAUUCCCGAGAUUUAAUUCUCCUCAAAAUUUGUAUAUAAUACAAUUGGAAUUAUUAACUUGAUCAUAGAACAGUAUUACAUUCAAAAACUGUUGGAAAAGUCAAACUUUCCAAAAUUUAAAUGGCUCCUUAAUUUAAUGAACAACAAUAAUAAUUCAUAAUAAUUUAUAAAAUAUAUAGUUUAAGAAAAUUUAUCACAUCUUCAUCUAGGAUCAUAUAUUUUUACUAAAAUGAAACUAGAAAAUAUAAACAUCAAUUAAUUUUUUCUGACUUAACUACUUUUGACAUCAAUGCACUUGCUAUAUUCUGGAUAUAUCUAUCUGAGUUACUUAAUCCUCAAAAACAAAAUCUAUGGGGAACAUUGAGAUAAUAGUAAAAUCAAACCUAUCAAAAAUGCAGAUUGGUAAUUAAUUCAAAUCUCUUAACAUUUGUGUAAAUAAUGUUGCAUAAUUUAUGGCAUCUUUGUGAGGAGUUAAUAUCCUUAUGUUCUCACGGUAGGUGACAUCCUUUACAAUUAUCGAAUGUAAUUGAUAUAUUAUUAAAUAUAUGAAUUAUUAUUCCAUAAAUAUUGUUCCACACAUACUGAAUUGAGUUUAAGUCAGGGCAUUGCCAAUAAAAGGGGCAUGAGGAUCAACAUGUGGCUCUAAAAUCUCUGUUCCUAUGAACAAUUAUUGAUACUCCAACUACCAGUACCAACUCUGUGUAAACCCUUAGAGAUAUUACACCCCACAACAUCAUAAAUCUUCCUCUAAAAUUUGUUGAAUGUCUUAUGUUGCAAAGAAAAUCUUAAUCUAGCUGCACGGUGGGCCCUUAUCAGUUGAGGAGCAGUAUGAGCCUGCAUCUAAUUCCAGAAUUUCUCGAAACACUUCUCACGAUCUGUGCUUCAGCUAACUCUUGUUAACUGAUUAAUUUUCAUUAACAGCAAUUGACUUGAUCAUACAAUUAUUUGACUUCAUAUCAUAUAUGUAAUACUUCCAUAUGGACAGUUUCUAUAAGUGGACGCUGGUCUGACUGAGAAAGACAGAAUGAUGACGAUUUCUCUCACAAACACAUGGAAAGUGAAUUGAUGCAGCUCACAUUGGGUUUUACAAACAUGAAGUUAUUGUAUAAUUAGAAUAAUCAGUUCUUCUAAUUCAUUUAAAUAGCACUUUUGUUGAAAAUUUGACUUUUCUUACACGGAGAUAUAAGUUGUUGGCUGUAAUUUUAUCGAAUACGAUAACAAAACAUUCUUUUAUAUAUAUUAUUUAUAUUAUUUAUAUUAUAAAUUGAGUUAUGUAAUUCCUCAUUCACCAAUAGUACAAAAUUAAUUAUUAUAUUGCGCUUCCGGUUUUGUGCAGUCAGGUAUUAGGGUGUGUUUAUUAAAAAUAGUGUAUAAAUACAGAUUUAUUUCUAUUUGUGAACAACAGUUUCUACUUUGAUACGAAAUUAUGUAAAUUUCAAUAUUUGGUUUUAUCAUAAUUGAAUGUCAAAAUUAUUUCAUCUUUACACCUUUUUGGAUUGAAGAAUUAAUCUAGAAACUUAUGUUUAUCGAUGAAAUUUCUCUGUUACCAUAUAUCUUUACAUUCCAAAAGUAAAAUUUAUCCUGGUUAGGAGAAAUUGAUAUUUCUAUUUAAAAAAAAUACAAGUUUGAGCCUAACUGACUGGUUUUUAUCAUAUCAUUACAAUACAACUGAUACUUUAAAAAUUAGUCAGUUAUAUUGGGAAGUAUCUGAAUAAUCUUUCAAAAUACUCUUUUUAAAGAUAAUUAAAUUGAACAUUUGACAAUAGAAAGACAUCAAUAGAAAAUAAGAAACAUAAGAUACUUCUGCAGUAGGGCAAAAUGAAAACAAUUUGUUAAGUUAUUGUCUAUUUUCAAAAACAUUGUAUCUAACAUAGGAGGCAUGAAUGAUUUUUCUUUUUUUAUUAUUACUUUGUUUUAUCAAUCUUCUGAAAACAAUCGGUGAUUGGACUGAAAGUCUAUAAUCGGAUCUUCAUCAAAUUGGGGAUGAGCCCGAUUAAUUAUUCAACAUUUGAGAUUUUUGCCAGCUUUAUUGUUUUCAUAAUCGAACUAUACAUUUAACUUUGUCCAGCUAGAGUCAUUUAUAAUCAAAACUAGCUCCAAAAAGAUUUAAUUUUUUUUUCUAAUAUUGUUCAUAAAAUCUUGAAUAUUUAUAAACUAGUUAAUUCGUUCAAAAUAAUAACAUUUGCGUAACAAAAACAUUUGAAAAAUAAGAUGACUGGUAACAGUAAAUAUGGCAACAUUACAAAUGUGAAAUUAGAAUGAACAUUUGGUUUAUUUCUUCUAAAUAAUUUCCAUUAUGUUUUAAGACUUUUUUCAAUCAAAAUAUAUGGAAAAAUAUACAAAUAGACGAUUUUACUACUUGUAAAUAACACUAAUUUUAGUUUUUGCUAUUGCAGAAUGCUAGUCAAUGAAAUUAAAAUUUUAAUUUAUUCUGACAAUAACAUAUAAUAUUAAAAUAUAAAUAUAAAAAUCUGAAGUAUUAUUUACAACGAAAUCGAUUCGAAAUUAAUCGGGAUGAAAAAAUUUAUAUGAAAUCAUUUUAUAUAUUUAAAUAAGAUACUAAAGAAAUGAUGAAUAUAUUUCAAUAUUCCGUAUACGAGGUCUGGCUAUUAAAUAACGAGACUGGUUACGAAAAAGGGUUUUAUUAUAAAAAUUAUUCUACAUUCGAAUGCUCCCCCCUCGCCUCACAACUUUCCACAAGUUUGAUCGCAGCAGUGCUGAAAAUUUUCUAUGGUGAGGGUCUUUAGGAGCUCUGCCGCUUCCAUCGACUCAAAUCGGGUCCCUUUCGUAGCAGAUAUUUUUUUAACCUUUCAAGAAAAUCUGAACAGACCCGUUGAUGCAAGCGCUUUUGGUCAGGAGUCAGAUUUUUCGGCACCAGCUUUUUCAUGUGUAAUUCCUCGUGUAACAUUUUUCUAAUCGUUUCUUUAUCGACGUUUACAACCUCGGCAAUCAUCCGAGGAUCUGCACACACAAUUUGGUUGAUUUUGAUCACUGUUUCCGGAGUUAAAACAUUCACUGGACGACCUGGGUGCUGGACAUCUUCAGUGUUCUCUGGGCUCUUACUAAAACCCUUUCACCCUUACACCACUAAAAAACACGCGCACGAGAUAGAAAAUUGUCCCCAUAGGCCUUUCGCAACAAUUUAUAGCACUCAGUCGGAUUUUUUUUCAAUUUAACGAGAAAUUUGAGACUGAUAUGUUGCUCCUGCUUUUCGUCAUACAUGGUGAGAAAAAAACACGUUCGUUUCAAACCACUACUGCACAAAUACCAUAAUAGUGACGGAAACGUGUUUUGGGACGUGCAUAGACAAGAUAUCUAGAUACCCCACCCGUCUAGGGUGCCCUCUAGGACCACAGUCUCGUUAUUUAAUAACCAAACCGCGUAAAUCUCUUAGAAUAAAAUACAGAUAUUGAUAAUGAAACAAAGCUCUUCACUAAAAUUGAAAUAUACUGUAUUAAUUUUUUUAAAAUGAAUCUACCUUUUUAGUACAACAUUCGUAAUCUGUUAAAACAAGCAAAACGAAGCAGAAAAAAGUACUAAAUAGCCUCAAGUUCCAAAAAACCUUGAAAUAUUUUGAUCCAAUCAUGAAUGUAUUGAAAAAGUUGCAGUUUUGUUAAUUUACUGGAAAGCCCCGUUCAUAUUGUUUAUAGUUCAGGACGUUCCAAGAAAAUUAUUUAAAAAAUUGAAAUAUAAAUAUUUAAAAGUGUCCUCAAGGUAUAGAAUUUUUUUUCAUACUUUGUGGCGCUAAAUUUUGGAAAAUUGACUUUAAAAGAAUGUAUAUUUGAACACUAUUCUAUCUGGAAUUGAGAAACAAUACUGUUUUCUUGUAAUUGAAUUAAAAAACUAAAAAUCAUUUAUUGAAGGAAUAACAAUCAAUAAAUCAAUAAAAAAUAUUUAAUUAUUAAAAAAUUUUCUACUAUCUUUUUUUAAAAUAUUUAAAAAUCAAUAUUUAAUCAUAGUCAAUACAAGAAAAAAAUUUAUUAACAAAUUUUUGUAUGUUAAGUGAUUUUUUUUAUUUUUAGGAGCUCAGUAUAUCACAACCUUUUUCAAUUAUAAGUUUUUUUCUUGAGAUAUUCUGUUAACCUUUGAUAUUUCAAAUUCAAAUUAUUUUCAAAUAAUGUAAACACCCUUUGGCAUGAAAUCGCAAACUUCCAGUGUAAUAUAAAAAAAAAUAAAUUAGUUUUUAUCUAAUAUAUUUCAAAUUCAUAGUUUUUCUUCUUUUUCAAAAAAUUGGUUCAGGUAUUUUUUUUAAAUGAUAUUUAAAUCAAUUUAAAUGUAUUUUCAAUCCAUCUGUCAAGAUCUAAUUAAGAAUAAAUUGAUAGUGUGUGAAGGGCUUCAGAAAUGAUUUUGUUGUAGCGAUUUGACUACAUAGAGCAGCUGUGCAGUGAAAUUCGGAAUGUAUGGUGAUUUUUUUGUUAUCUAGUCAAACUGUACAUAAUUGUUAUUAGUUGCCUCUUUUUAUUUAUUGUAAUUUAUUCAAUUAAUAAUUAAUUAUAAGAAAGCUAGAUAUGUAACGUUUUAAUAUUACCUAUUUAAGUUGUAGAAUUUAAACAUUUAAUUCAAUCCCACGACCUGUUUAGUCAAAAUGUUUUCUUCUACAGGUCAAAUACGAAUAAUGAAAUUUCUACACAAAAAUUUGUAAAAUAUUGCGCUAUAUUUUGGUAAGAAAAUCUAAAGUUUAUAUUUUAGCACAAAUAAAAUGGUCUGUAUAUAAGUACGGAUAGAUAAUGUACAAAAUAGCAUUUUCUUUUUUGUGUUUUUGUGUACGACAAGUAGAUCAAUUUUUAUGUCCAUUUUACAGUGUCAAACUCUCCAUUUUGUUCUUGUGGAAUAUAUUUUUCUUGUAAUAACAAUAACUUAUAUGUAUUGUUAUUACUGUCCAAAACAUACAACCAUCAAUUUUACAAAGAAUUAAACUUUUAAGAUCUCUACAACAAAUCGGCAAUUGACCAUGAAUGUGAUACUAUCAUAUGGACAGUAUCUAUAAGUGGAAGCUCUUCCGACUAAGGAAGACAGAAUGGCAACGAUUUCUCUAUCCUCCGAGCUUCCAGCUCGGUUCUACGCAUUCUCAAGCAUGCGCAGUAUAGAUAAAGUGUCUCGAACGAGAGAGAAAAUGAAUAUUGUUGGCACCAUAAUGUUUUUCCCCAUACCAACUGUCCAUAUAAGAGUAUUACAUAUAUGCAAUUGACAGUAAGAUAGUACUCGAGCUAUAUAUAGAUGGAGACUCAGUUCUUUUUGAAUUUCAUUUGAAAUUCUGUCCCCAAAGGGCCAGAAAAAAAUCAAAAAUAUGCGCACUGAGAAGUCAUAUGAAAGACACAAAUAAACGAGAAAAUUAUUAUACAAUCCAUCCAUACUAUUGCGAUAAUUUAUGAAAAGUACUCUGUGCUAAUUUUGUAACUAAAUUAUUUCAAAAUAAUUUCACGAAAAAGUGUUUAGGGUAUCGUUUUAGCUUUCCAGCCGCUCUGUACCUAUACCUGAAAAGAUAUUUUGUGCGUGACUCUUUGCUUUGCCACGAAAAUACAUAAACCCAAAGGAGGCUAUGUUUCUGGGUUUUAGUCCACUUCCCAACCUGCAGCUGUCGUCCUCUGUCAUGCCUAUCGUCUUAAAGUCGUAUUUCACAGGGAAAUAACGUGUCACCACUUUAAUGUUGUUUCUAGGCAUCUCGAAAAGUUCCUCAGAGUUCUUAGCUGAUAUUUUAUCAUAUUUUUAAAUUGUUUUGGGUCUGGAGUGUUGCUCUAGCGAGACUGCAUCUGAUUCUUUAGCCAUCCGUUCAGUUCAUUAUUGAUGUGGCAUCCCAUGAUGGUCUGGCUCAAAAUAAGGAAUCGUUCUUUCUUUUUUGCCAAGGCUAUCUGCUUCGUGGUAUACCUUAGUGCUACUAGAUAGGUCUCCAAUCAAACAAUCCUGAGCAAACAUGGUUAUUGCUAGCAACUUCGCAUGAAAAAUGGUGAGUGCUUUUCGUGGUGGUCUAAAAAAUACUAAAUUCACCAAUUUGAGCUAGCUUCUAACCACCUCUAUACCAUACAGAUGCAUUUCGAAUUUUCAGAAGGUGUUUAUUUACCCAAAAUUGGUGGUCAUUGAUUAUCAGUUCGAACGAGAUGAGUCAGAUUCAUAUUUUUUUCAUAUAGACUAUUUUGUGAACGCCUUUAAAUACCUCUUUUUUAUUAUCUUUUUUGUAGCUGUUUUUUUGCUCGAAUAUAUGCACAACUCGGUCUGUUUCUCAAUUUGUAAGUGACCUUCAAAUUUCAAGGACCAGCUGGCACGUGCAAUACAAAGUUUUGGGGCGGUAGACGUUAAUAAAUCAACAAACUACAAAGUUUAUUACACACUUAUUACAUUCAAUAAAACAUUUUAUAUGAACAAUAAAAACACGUAAAAACAUUCAACCCCGUGAAAAUCUAUAAAAGCUUAAAUUUUAUCGACUCCAUAAAAAAUUUUGGGUCCUAUAUCUAACAUUAUACGAGAAACAUACAUAGAAGAUACUGCCAGAGGUAGCUCACUUUUUGAAGCUAUUGUUUCUACUAAAGACUUGGACGCAGCUUCCUGCAUAGACUUUGAAGAGUAAUUUAAUGACCAAUUCGAUCUCUGGAUUAAUCAUGGUGCAUUUAUUUUAUGGCCAUCAAAUAGUCCGGAUUUGAAACACGUUUUUGUGGUCAAUAACAAAAUUGAAGCAUUAAUUUGUGAAUUAAAUGGGAGCAAUGUUCAGUAUCCACUUGUUUUUUGUUUUUAUUCGUGAAUUUAUUUUGGCAAAAUCAGUUAAUUCAGUAUAAAUUUAUCUCCAAUGGUCACAAUAUCAACAGGGUGAUUAAAUUAUAGUAAAUAACGAGCUAUCUCUUGAAAUUUAGAUCUUAAAAUGUUUAAAUCCGAAAAAUCUAGGGGGUUAGAGUAUUUAACAGUUUAUUUUGAAAUUUAGUAGAGUUUUCUUCACGAAAUACUGUUAAAAGUCUAUGUAAAUAUUACGGGACAAAAGAUACUUAUAAAUAUCUAUUAUUGUUGGGAUCACUUUUGCUAUGAAACUUAAGGUAACUCUCAUACAAAGAUUUGUGGGCUUGGGUUAGUUUUUUUAUAUCAGAAUAUUUAAAUGUAUGCUAUUAUAACCAUAGCUGCCCUUUUGUUACUUUGUAUGAUAAUUUAAAAAUAAAAAAAAACACCAUUCGUGGUAUAAAGACAACCACGGUAUGCCUUAAUGAAACAUGUUAACUGUUGUAUAAAUCUAGUCAGCACUCGUCAUUUUUUUUCUUUAAUGUCCCCCUUUGUGAAUGUUAUAUUUUUAAAACGUAUCCACAUAUUUCGUACUGGAAUAUAUAUAUUUCUUUCCCACAAUUACAGAAUUUUCACUGAUUACGUUUUUAGUAAAAAAAUUCAAUUCAGUAGAUUUUAAAACGGAAUUGAAGCAAAUGGUUUUUCAAUUUUUUUCCUCGGAUUUCUUAUUGAAAGAAUCAGUGACUACUUUUGGUGUUUUCAUUUUUCGGAUUUUAUUUUUGUAUCCAAACCUAGCACUAUUCAUCGUGUUUGAGUGAAUUUUUUAUUUUUGUGUUAUAUAAAUCCGUCAUUCAAUUAUUACAAUAUUUAUACUAUUGAUGUUUAAUUAGAUUAAAACGAAAUAUGUGUGAUGAAUUGUAAUACUCUGUAGUGAUUUGUCAGUUAGUGUCAGUAAUGUAAAGAUUCUUUCAUAAUUUGGACUGAAAAAGAUAUAUGAAAAGGGAUAUAUGAAAAUAACAAAUAAAGAAAAAACAUUAAAUAUUGUUUCAACAAUUUAUUCUUAUGAUAAAAAUAAAAUCAAACAUUUUCUUUAAAUGUUAUAUUUAAUAUAUCUAGUGAAACGGGUGUCUGAUUAAUUAUUUAGAAUUUUUUUGACAUCCGUGUGACGUUUACCACAAGUUUUUGCACGACCAGCACUUUGAAACUUCUUUUUACUUCAGUGUAAGUGAAAAAGAAGCUGUUUUAAGACAAGUUUUCAAUAUAAUUAGCGUAGAUUGAAUAGAAAAAAUAUUACUAUGAACAUUUUGAAAUCCUCACUUUUCAACUAGUUUUAACAUUCAGAUUCACGUCAAAUUUGAUAAACAAUAACCUAUUCUGAUGAAAUGGAAGAGAAGGAACUUAAGCAGCUCUAGUAUAAAGACAAAAUCUCCAAAUUAGAAAAGUGAUGGGGCUUAAUAUAAAUAUGGAAUCGAAAGUCGGAAAACAAAAAUUAUAUUUCCUCUCUAAAGCGGAACAAAAUAAGUGAUGAUUAUCUAGAAAUAUUAUCGAUUAAUACCCACAAAAGUAAAUUACGAAAACCAGCAAAAAAUAUAGCAAACAAGCAUUAAAUUAUAAAACAAGCCAGGACGAGCACUGAGAAGAAGUAUACAGAAAAAAAAUCAUAUGGAAAUUUACAACAUACAGUUUAACAUUAUUCCUACCGCGGUCGGUCAAAUGAUCGGUAUUUCACAACUUAUAUUUUUAAUAUUGAAUUCUAACUAAUAGCCAGCUUACCGGUAUAAAAAUAUAUUUUUUUCAUUCGAAAGUUCAUAAUCUACAUUUUAUUCUUUCUCGUUGAUUUUUUAACAAAUAGGCUUCCCAAUUGUAAAUUCUUCGAGAUUAAGAUUUUACCGAAUAAUUUUUUGACAUUUGGUCAGUCACAUUUGCGCCAAAUUUGGUGCUAUUAUACAGGGUCCGGCCGUGGAAUGUGACAUUUUUCGCUACACUGUAGUGAUUAGAAAUUUUGUAGUAAAAGAAGUAAAAAUCUCCGAAAAAUAAUACUCAUUGAAUGCAGUUUUUAACAGUUUAUUAUGUUUUAAAAAUUACAGAUUUUAAAUAUCCACCAUUAAACUCUACACAUUUUUCAAUAUUUUCUAGGACGUGGUUCAUAACUGCGCCUCGAAGUUAUCCAUCAAUUCUUCUUAUCUAUAUAUAAGAUGCCGUCCUAACUAUAAAAAUAUGAAUAAACACUAACCUAAGGCACUUAUAGGAUAAAAUCGUGCCACAACUACAUUACCUUUCGUUUGUAACGACUUUAUAGUUUUGGAAUUGAGUUUUAUAGAGGAACUAUUAAAAAAAUGUAUAAAUCGUACCACCAGUCAAAUGACUGGUCUUGGUAGGUAAGGCAGACUACACAUUUUUCUCAGAUAAUAAACAAUAAUAAAAAAUAAGUGAAUAUCGAUGUAUCAUACAUAUGAUAUAUAUGAACUAUUUGACCGGUCCUGGUAGGAGGUGUUAAAGCUGGUCUCCUUACCCCCCUGAAAAUAUUCAGUCAUCUGUAUUGUAAUGAAAUACCAGUUUGCGUCAUCAAAAACAUCUUGAUUGGCAUGUCCAAACCAUUUUUACCAAUCAAAAAAUGUAUUUCUUUUUUAGUAUUUAUUUAUAUCGUGGUUAUAUGUGGUAAAUCAUUAAUUAUUGUUUGUUAUCUUCUUCUUUGUUUCCUGCUACUGCAUUUGAGCAGAACGAUUGUUAGGUCAGGCGCAAGUUGAGACUCAGUGAACACUUGUAGGGCAGCAAAGCGCAAGGGAAGACAUUUGAGCUCUGAGUCGAAUUCUGAUGACGAGUUCUUAACAAUACUUCUACUGUACCAGAAGUCAAGAUCGAAGCGAUCCAGAAGUUAAUAAAAAAAAGACAAACUCACGAGUCCCUCAUUGGCACAGCCCUGCACGUGUCGACUACCCGGCCUUAUCCGCUGCUCUGUUUUACUCAUAUGUAGUAAAAAUCCAAUUUUCUUGUUUUCUCUUAAAAUUCUCACAAAUAUCAUGAGUAUAAAUAUUAGAUUUGUGUUUGAUUUGAUAAAGAUUGUCUAUAUAUUUCAUUACAAAGUAAAUCAGACCUACGGCAGAUGAAAUUACAAGGAAAGAAGCCUCGAAAAUAGGCAAAAAUAAAAAGGAGAGCUGGAUCGAACUCCCAAAAUUAGAGGUGAAUAAUCAAAAUAUAAGUUUAAGCUUUGUAUUUAUUGAAAACUUUUCAAGAAGCAGCUUAAUUUUAAAAAAAAUUGAUAAUUCAAAAGUUUCAGAAAAUUAUGUUUUUAAAAAAAAAUCAAAUAAUUGCGUUAACUUUGCGAUACAUAUUAGUGCAAUAGAUGAAACGUGUAAACGUGUAAAAAAUGGCAAUACCAUAUCCCAUCAGUGUACGAAGCUACACGGUUCUGUAGAAAUAUAGCGUUGAUUAAAGAAAUAUUGACAU